GUUACCAGCGCCAGCUGUCAGUGGAAGCUAGCCGCCUUGCUAUUUUUCCUCGCGUGUUAUUUUUCGACUUUCAUGUAGUUUUACAUUUUUCGAUUUUCUGUAGUAAUCUUCACUAGUAUUGAAUGUGCUCUCUGCUCAAAUGAACCGAUUUCCAAAUAUUUCCGCGUUUAUUCCAGUCUCCCUUUGUUAGGAUGGAUGUCAAACUUAGCUAACUUAGCUGUAGCUCGCUAGCUUGUUGUUAGCUGCACACAGCAAUCUGGUGCAGCCACUUUUUGCAUUGCAGUCUAACAGCCUCUCUUGUGUGGAAGUCCUUGUUCACGGAAGUAAAAGUUUUAAACUGCAGAUACAAAGGGCUCAAACACAGAACAUGCUGCUUUUUUGUCCACAUGACCGUGUACUGCCAACAAGCCGGUUUACAACGUUAUGCCUCUGCAGCAUUAUAACGUUAGAGCAGUAGGUCUCUGUCCGCUUUAGAGCAACCUGCAUGAAGUGUGUCUCAAACAUCUAGCUAAUUCAUUGUACUAACAAGAUAUUUACCAAGUACACUCUAUUAUAGUUGUAUUAUUUGCCGGAGGGCAGCGUUAGCUCAGAGCUAGUCUUCAAACAUGGAUAAGAAAUCAUUUGACAUCGUCUUGGACGAAAUCAGAAAGUGUGUGCUGACCGAUCAGCGGAUCAAAGCCAUAGAGCAGGUGCACGGCUAUUUCUCCAGCGAGCAGGUGAUAGAAAUACUCAAGUACUUCUCAUGGGCAGAGCCUCAAAUCAAAGCAGUAAAGGCGCUUCAACAUAAAAUGGUUGCAAUCCCUACAACCAAAGUUGCCAAUAUCCUGAACUGCUUCACCUUCUCGAAGGACAGACUGGUUGUCUUGGAAUUAAUAGCUCUCAAUAUCUCAGAUGCUCAAAAUUACCGUCCUGUGGAGGAUCUGUUCCGCAUUCACUUGUCUGAGAAGAAGCGAGCCCGUCGGAUACUGGAGCAGGUGUGUAAGGUUGGCUGCAAGGCUCCUGUAGCUAUGAUCUCCUCCUGUGGUAUGAUACCAGGGAAUCCUUACCCCAAAGGCAGACCCAGCCUGGUUACUGGCACAUUCCCUGGAAUCUUUCCUGUAAAGAAAGAAGGAGAGAAGAAAGAUGACAAUCCGAACAAUAUGGACGGGAAAGGAAUUGCUGCCCGGAUCAUUGGACCGUUCAAACCCUUUCCUUCAAGCUACAACCCUCAUCGGCCAGUGCCCUACCCUAUACCACCGUGCCGACCCCAUGCUACCAUCGCACCAAGUGCGUACAACAACGCAGGCCUUGUAUCUGUGGGAGGGGUGAUAACGGCCAGCGUGCCCCCACCCCCCUACUGCGCCACCCACAAAGUAGCAGGCUACACCAAACCUGGAAACACACAGAACACCACGCCUGGAGUCAACAGUGGGCCGCUCCUGAUUCCUCAUGGAUCCACACCUUCUACACCCAUCCCUCCCCAAGCUUCUCCUGCUCAGCCCCCUUCUUCCACCCCCAUCACACCCGUUUUCCCUGGCAUGGUGCCCUCACAGAACCCGAGUGCCCCCUCUCCAUCUCCUGCUCCAUCCCCGUCCGUCAUCAAAGCAGGCCCGCCAACCCCAAGUGGCCACGCUACGCCUAUACCCUCAUCUGUUAUCAAAGCCCACACACCCUCAGGCACCCCUUGUGGAACUCCUGCCCCGAAUGCUGGGGCCUUCUCUUCUUCCCCCUUCCACGCUGCCCUAUCCCGGCCAGGCACCCCUGCUACCUCACGGAGCGGCCCAGACCCACUACCUCAGACGAACUCCAUGGGCCCAAUUCAGCAGAAGGGUUUCUCCCAAUCCACAGAUCCCCACUCGGGACCUGCCUUCCCUGGCAUGCCCCCACAGCCAGGUAACCCCUCUGGGUCUGUGAUCCGCAGUUACACCCCCUCUGGACCGUCAUCUCUCACCCCUGGAGCCUCUACUCCUGUAUUUCCAACCUCGUCAACCCCAGGCCCUAGCCCCAAACCCUCCCCAGCCCUUUCUACUCCGGGUCAGGCUGCCAUGGGGCCUGCUGGAGCCCUCUAUGCUGAUCAGCAGCGUGCUGCCCUGAACAGGCACACAGGGGGUAGCAGCAGUGGCAGCAAUAGCCCUGUGCCCUCUGCUUUCAAGGGCACUUCUCGCUCUGGCACACCCUCCGUCAGCUCUCUAGUGGUUUCAGGUUCCGCUCAGGCUGCUCUGGCACGUUCCUUGGGUCUUUCUCAUCCUUCAGGUUCCCCUCAAGGCUCCCUCCCAAGUCCUGCUGCGAUUGCAGGCCUCCAAGCUCUGUCCUCCAGCCCUGCUCCCUCUCAUUACCCAGGCCUCGCCCCUUUCCCCUCACUUUCUUCCUCCACCAUCCCGUCAACCAUGCCCGCUAUGGCUUCUACCACCAACAUGUCUAACCACCCAUCGACAACUAUCUACCCAGGCCUGCCUCCCAGCGCAGCCCCCACUGCAGGCUCUCCAUUCUUGGGUCUCACCUCUGCCCCCUCUAUAUUCCCAGGCCUGCCCCCUGGCCCUAGCCCUGCUGCCUUCCCAGGGUUGGGGGUUUCAGGAGGGCCUGGUGCUGCGAGCCCUGUGCUUUCCUCAUUCAUGGGACUACCAGGUGCCACUGCAUCUACGGUAGCAUCGGUUGCACCUCUGCAGGCAGCAGCAGCGGCUGCAGCUGCAGCAGCAGCUGGGGUGCCGUCAUCGUCACCAGUUCUACCAGGGUUUGCAUCUGCCUUCAGCUCCAACUUCCAGCCUGGGUUGAGCAGUGGACUCCAGCCUCCAGGAAGUGGUGGGUUCCCCAGCUUGCUUUCCUUUCCUGCAGUGCCAGGCUUCUCUCCCUCUGCCUCCCCUGCGACCCUCAGUGGCCUCCACAACCCCGCCAUGCAGUCUGCCCUGCUCCAGGCUCACCCUGCAUCUGCCUUGGAGAACUUCCCUCCUCAGCCCAAUGGGUUCACCAACUACCCUCCAGGCCCAGGAAACCCCUUCCCCUUACAGCCCGGCUUGCACUCUCAGCUGGGCUGGCAGUGAAAAUAUCCGCACACAGAUAGCGUGUUCUCCAGCCAUUAAGGCUUUGAAACAUUAACAUAAACGUUUAGCCCUAUCUUACUCUCCGCUCUGUCCCCCUCAGCAGCACUCAGCACACAUUUGCUUGACCUAAACUUAACCCAUGCAGGAAACAGGACAGUGGGGUGAAGAGUUUUAAUUCUCUGUCUAUCACAGACAGAAUAUGUAUACUAUGAGGAACACUACAGUGAAAACAGCAAGAAAAUGUGCGUUUUUAGUGUGGUACAUGUUAGUUAUAAUGCCCAUAGUGUACAAUUAUUAGUUUUAGUUGUUGUUAGGUUCAGUUUUGGAGGUAGACAUUUACUUUUUAACAUUAGCCGUACUUGGCUGUUUUUAAUCACGUGAAUAAUUGUAUAUUAGUGAAUUAAGUGACUAUGCUAAUUUUAAUAGAAAAUACAUGAACUUGUGAUGAAUUGACCACAUUUAGCGUCCCUUAUCUAAUCCCAUUGGAAAUGACAUAUUUAUCAUGUUGAUUGACCUGUUGAUGCAAAUCAAAUGUUAUAUUUUUUUUUCUCCUGACUCAUGACAUAUUGAGCUUCAUGGGGCAGUUACAUUCUGACGUGGGUAUACAGUAUAUGCUUUUUAAUACUUGCUGUGGAGUGGGAGGGGAUGUUUUCGACAAAGCUUGUAUUUGGCAGUUACACUCAUGUCUGUGUCAUUUUAACUGAUUAUAUAUGUGACUCAGAAAUUUACUGUGACUUUUUUUGUAUGUUUACAAAGUUAUUUUGACGACUGUGACACUGCUAGUACUGUAAUUGCAGUAUUUGAGUAUACAUAUGCUGGCUUAUAUGUUUAUGGGAACAACUCACAGCAUUGUGUGUCAGUCAGUGUACUGACUUCAGAUGCCAUACGGCUGUAUCCUUGAAUGAUGCUCAGCAGCAUGGUUAAAAAAACAAAACAAAACAAAAAAAAAAACUCCAAAUUUACUUUAAAUAAUGUGCACUCCAAUAUUUACUCUGUCUUACACGGGUUCACUUGCAGUUGCUUUAUUGUUUGAGAAUAAUAGACAUUUUGUUUUGUUAGA